AUGAUGCUGUUCACUUGGGGAGCAUUAAUCCAAGCAUUUCUUAUGUUGCUGGUGAAAGCCAGCCAGAGGAAUCCAAGAGACGAAACUACUUGCGAACUGAACAGAAAACAAAGUGAUUUGAACUCUUUUCUGUGGACCAUUAAGCGAGACCCUCCAUCAUACUUUUUUGGCACGAUCCAUGUUCCCUACACCCGUGUGUGGGACUUCAUCCCUGACAACUCCAAGAAGGCUUUUCAGGAGAGCAACAUUGUGUACUUUGAGCUGGACCUGACUGACCCCUUCACCAUCUCGGCUCUGACCAGCUGUCAGCUGCUCCCACAGGGGGAGAACCUGCAGGACGUGCUACCGCGGGACAUCUACAGACGGCUCAAGCGUCACCUGGAGUAUGUCAAACUCAUGAUGCCUUCCUGGAUGACUCCAGACCAGCGUGGGAAAGGCCUCUAUGCCGACUACCUCUUCAAUGCCAUUGCUGGGAACUGGGAGAGGAAGAGGCCUGUGUGGGUCAUGCUGAUGGUGAACUCACUCACUGAAGCAGACAUCAAGACACGGGGGGUGCCCGUGCUGGACUUGUAUCUGGCCCAGGAGGCCGAGCGCAUGAGGAAGAGGACAGGCGCCGUGGAGAAAGUGGAGGAACAAUGCCACCCGUUGAAUGGGCUCAACUUUUCUCAGGUGAUUUUCGCCCUGAACCAGACCCUUCUGCAGCAGGAGAGCUUGAGAGAAGGCAGUGUUCAGGUGCCCUACACAACCGAGGAUCUCAUCAAGCACUAUAACUGUGGAGACCUUAACUCCAUCAUCUUCAACCACGACACAUCCCAGGUCCCCAACUUCAACAAUGUCACCCUGCCCCCCAACGAGCAAAUCACUGCCCAGGAAAUUGACAGCUACUUCCGCCAGGAACUGAUCUACAAGCGCAACGAGAGGAUGGGAAAGCGUGUGAAGGCACUGCUGGAGGAAAAUCCAGACAAGAGCUUCUUCUUUGCCUUCGGAGCUGGUCAUUUCCUGGGCAACAACACAGUGAUUGACGUGCUGAGGAGUCAAGGUUACGAAGUGGAGCACACUCCAGCCGGGCAGUGUAUUAACAGCGGUAGAUCUUCGAAAUCAGCCUCCUUUCCCCUGCAUACACCAUACUCCACGGGACUGGAGCUCGAGCCCCCCUUGCAUCUGCAGCCCUUCCUGCAUGAGCACCAGGAGCGCCCCCUGGAGGAGGAUGCGUUGCCUCACAUGCUGCUGCCCGAAAGCUUGGACCUGCUGGAGAAGGUGGACCGCAAGCUGAAGAAGAAGCGUCGGAACAAGCAGAAGAAGCAGCAGCUGCGGCAGUUCAACGAUCUGUGGGUUCGCAUUGAGGAAAGCAUCACCCAGGAGCCGCCUCCUCCUCCCCUGGUCCGCAUCAUAAAUGGUUACAUCACAGUCCAACCUCAGCUCCGGGGUUACGGGAGGUUCAGUCAUGCCCGGACAUUGGUGGAUUCUGCUUCUACGCCAUCCUUGCCUGUACUCCCUCUGCUUCUGACUGUGUGCCUCCAGAUGUUGACGUUUGAGCUACGCUAA